UAUGGUUCGGUUUAGCCACAUCUAUCUAGACCCGAUUGGUUAUUAGACCCGUAAAUAUAUUACGGGUCGGGUCAAAUCUCAAUCGUAGUUAGACCUGAUUUUCGAAAAUCUGUGGCUUUCUCUCUCGCGAAAAUCUGUGCUUGAGCAGAUCCCCAUCACCUCCGGCGAAUGAACGAGUCUUUUAAGUAAAAAAAAAAAGGCAGGCAUGGCGAACAGAAGGAGAUCUGAGGAAACUGUAGCUCGGGAAGCAAGCGUGGAGACUGAAGAAGAGUUGAGAAGCCGAACGGAGCGUUUGCUCGUGAGAGCUGAGGCUUUGGAAAGCACUAUAGCUAAGCAAAAUCAGACGAUCCACAACAACAUUUCCGAUCAAGUUACUCUUAGUUCAUGUCGCCGACAAGGAAAGGAGCCUGGUCGAUUGGACAAGGCUUCCCAAGGAUAUGUUGGAGCUGAUUUCGAAAUCUCUGAAAUCUCCCUUCGAUCUAUUCCAGUUCCGUUGCGUAUGCUCUUCAUGGCGAAACGCCGCCAAGCAGCCGAAUAAACCCCUUUUACCGUCACAUGACAUUCCGAUCCGCCCCGACGUCGUCUUCUCACCAGAAACCCCCUUAAGAUUCUGCCUCUCACAGAAUAGUAUCUUACUUAUCAAGCCUCAGUAUGAGCAGGCGGAGGAGGGUUUGAUUCGUGGAUGGCCGGUCAAAGUCGAGGAACAUCCUUAUCUACCUCGUACGUUGACUUUCCUCCAUCCGCUGAGUGAUUAUGCUAUGACACAGUUGUUUGAUCCAUGUUCCACUAGCUUUUUUGAUAUGUCUAAAUUCAAGGUUCUCGAAUUGGGUCGUGAGUUCCAGCUCUAUUAUGUCGAUUCUGAUGAUGGUCAUGGUAGAUACAGUCCACGCGUUGGAAAAACUGUUGUCAAGUAUCUAGAUGAUAGUGAUGAGGAUCAGUCUAAGUUUGUGUUGCUUACGCUUAACAAAUUAUGGUAAUCCUGCAAGGUUAGCUGCGUAUACUUCUUGUUGUUUUUGCGAUGUCAUUUUGUUCAAUGGAUGUUUCUUUGCGGUCACGAAAGAUGGGACGACUGUGUCUAAGCACAUCUCCCUUCUCUGAAAUUGACACUGGUGGCAAAUCCUGUGUUUGGCAGUCACAAGAAGUGUCUGAUUGAAUCCUCUGGUGAAAUGUUGCUGGUCGAUAUGUACUUGAGAAUGGGACUUGAUGCAGCAAAUCAGAUAACCCGCAAGAUUACAGUCUUUAAACUUGUGGAAAGAGAGAAGAUUUGGGUUGAGGUUAAGGAUCUUGGGGAUAAAAUCUUGUUCCUUGGUGAACAAAAUUAAAUCUUGUUCUGGCCUCCGCCUUCCUGGUUUACUGACUGAUAGGAUACCACCUGAGAAAAGAAGCCUAGUGUUAGUAAGGUCAACUCGUCAAAGGUUUCAAAACAACAAGUAUUUGGAUUAGUUGAAAGUCAAUACUUUGUAAAUUCAUUUUGCUUUCCUAAGUUACAUCAUCAAUGUUUUGACUUUUAGUCAUUUGUGUGGAAUUAGGAGUAAUUCUAAAACUCUAGAGUCUAGACCUUCAUCUAGAUCAUGAUAUGUGAUGUGACCAAUAACAUAAUAUUUUAGGAAAAAAA